AUGCCGGCACGGAACGUCCUGAGAGUGCUAUCUGCCGUUGUGGGAGGUGCAACGUCGACGCGAAAUUGGACUGUGUCGCUAUCCCCAGGUGAUUCUGGCAUCAAAACUAGGAAUUCUCAUGUAGGUUCAUUUUCAUUUGGCUUAUCACCUUCUCCUGUGAAGAAAUCCCCAAUUGGUGGUGUGGUGGUGUUUGUAGGUGGUUUUUUUCGACAAUUAUUUUUGGUAGUGGAGGUGCUAUUAGGCUGUGAUGGUGGUGAUUAUAAUAGUGGUGAUGGUGUAAGCUAUGGUGGUAAUGGUGAUGUGGCGGUGAUCCUUUGGUGCGAUCUGGUGGUUGGAGCAACGUCGCCUCGCAGCCCUGAAGGCUGUGAUAUCAGCAAGUGA